GGAUCCAAAUUUGUUUGUUUUAUUAAAUGGAUACAGUUCUCAUUUCUACGAGUGUCUUAAUACUGUAAUGUCAAGAUAUUAGAACAGAAAAAUGGCCAAAUCAAAAAUCGCGAAACGAGAAGAAGUACGUCUGAAGGAAGAACUGCAAACAAAAGAGGGAGAUAUCCCAGUACCUACUCCUCCCGAUGGAGGAUAUGGAUGGGUUAUAGUAUUCGCUUCGUUUAUAUGUAAUACAGUAGGAGAUGGAAUUGCGUUUGCCUUCGGUCUUGUACUACCUUAUCUUGUAGAAUAUUACGGCGAAUCUAAAGGAAAAACGGCAUGGGUAGGAUCUAUUCUGACAGGAUUCCAAAUGGGGGCAGGACCUUUAGUUAGUGCAGUAGCUAAUAAAUAUGGAUGUCGUACUGCUUGUUUAAUAGGUUGUUUUUUGGCUUCCAGUUCUGUAGCUCUCUCAACUGUAUGUCCUUCUAUACCAGUUAUGAUGUUAGUUUACGGAUGCUUCGGAGGAAUAGGCUUCAGUUUUAUCUACAUACCAGCCGUGGUAAUGGUUGGAUAUUAUUUCGAAACGAAAAGAUCAUUAGCUACCGGUUUAGCUGUUUGUGGAACUGGAGUCGGAGCUUUCGCUUUGGCUCCUCUGGUAACUUCAUUAUUAAAAAACUAUGGAUGGAAAACUACCAAUUUUUGUUUGGCUGGAAUCACGUUAAGCUGCUCGAUAUUUGCCAUGCUGAUGAAGCCUUUGGUUUAUGAAAACAAGAAUGUAACUGUCGAAGAUGUACUGAGAGUACGAACUAGUGAGGGAAAUGUAUCAAACCCAGCAGUAUACAAUUCUACACUUUCAAUAACAAAGAGGAAAGGAAGCGUAAGCUUACAGCCUCUUUCAAGAAAGGAUGUUCUAUAUACAGGAUCUGUACAGAAUCUCAAAGAAUUUCAAUCUAGAGCCUCGUUGGCCGAUUACAGACAUAGUGUCCACAGUAUUCAGAGGAUAAAAAAGCAAAAACCAAAAUCUGAAAAUUGUUGCAGUUUAUCCGAAUUAGCUGGUCUAGUAGAUGUUAGUUUAUUAAAAGAUGCAACUUUCUUAAUACUAGCUGCUGCUACGGUGUUUGUCAUGAUAGCGUUUUACAUUCCUCUAGUAUUUCUAAUCGAACUAGGGAAAACAAAAGGUAUAGAUGAAACUCAAGGAUCAAUGUUUAUAUCAAUAAUAGGCAUCACCAAUAUAAUUGGACGUAUUGGUGUUGGAUUCAUAGCAGAUUUUCCCAGCGUUAAUAAUUUACUUGUUAAUAACAUUUGCCUAGUUAUGGGAGCUGUUUCGGUAGCAUUGAUGCCACUAUGUCCUAAUUUUACAUCUCUAGCAGUUGCAUCUCUCUUCUUUGGAUUCGCCACAGCUGGAUAUAUGUCGCUGACUUCCAUAAUUUUAGUGGAGUAUUUAGGACUGGAUAAACUUACAAACGCUUUCGGAAUGUUGAUGAUGUUUAGAGGAGUAGCGGCAGCUAUCGGUUCCCCCAUAGCAGGAACCUUGUACGAUAUCACGAAUACAUACAAUAUACCAUUUUUUGUCGGUGGUGCGGGUUUCGCUAUUGCAGCUUUUAUCAGUAUGUUGACUCCUUGCGUCAGAAAAAAAACAGAGGAAGUUAACGAUUUCGAUGGAGAAGCUUUAACACCAAUUAACGCAAAAAAUAGGAAUAAUUUCUAACAUAGUAUUUGAAGUUUUUCCAUUCUUUUAUUUUUGAGUACAUUAUGUUCUUAUCAACUAGUGAAUAAUUAAUUUGACAACAGCUGUUUUGUCACAAACGGUUUUAUUUACUUAGGAAAUUCGUGAAAUCUUUAUUAACAGUCAUUUUUGUAAAUAUUUAUCAAUUUAAAUGAUUGUAUCUUCAAAAUCAUAUAUAAAAAAUAAGAUUAGAAAAUUUUUUACUUGUCAAUCGAAAUACUAGAGGUUAUUGACAUAGAAAAGGUCACGGCUCAAGUCUGAUUUGAUGAAAACUUUUACACACAUUUUGACCUAUAUCAAGAUUUCUAUUUUAUCCAUUUCGAAAUCGAUAAUACAGAAUAAUGUAAAACAUAUUGGAAAACAUAGAAAUCUUCAAAAUUUCACCCAAUCUACACAGAGUCAUCUACUGGAUAUAUUUAUUAACAUAGAAACGGAUGCUAAUUCCAAAAGGUAACUGCCCACGUCGUAUCGGAUGAAAAUAAAAAUUUCUGUUUUAUCAUUUGCAGAAACGAUAAUACAGAAUACUGUAAAGCUUGUGGGAAAAUAUAGAAAUCUUCUAAAUUUUACUCAAUCGAUUCAAAGCAACGUUUUUGUUGCUGGAAUAUCAUUAAUGGAAGUUUCCGCUGGAACUCAGAUGCAAAUCGGUAACGUAGUGAGAGAAUUAUUGAUUAUAGAGGGUGAAGUAUCUGUUUAUAUUAGAAAUAUCUGUCAAAAAGUGUUAAACGAAGAUGGCGACACAUUAGCAGCAGGGAAAAUUUCUUUUAGGUUAUGUUCUUUACUUUAUUUCGUACAACGUAAGUCGCUGACAUUUUUAACAAUAAACUGCUUGAGGAAAAAUUGAUAUUUUCAAUUUUUUUUAACAAGACACACCUCAGUUCAUCUACAAUUGCUACAUUCAUUCUAUACUCAUUGUGUAUACCAGCGUCAUUGUGGAAAGUUUUUGAAAGGUUAUUUAUGGUAUACAGCUGGACAGUUUUUCAGCUUCUUUAUCAUAAGAGAUAUUCCUCCGUUCCUCUACUCUCCAAACGCAAAUUUUUAUGUAUUAAGUAAUUUGAAAAAAUAGAUGUUUAUGUCAAAAUGGCGGCUGUGGGUCAAGCUAUAGAUUUUCCUAUGUACCAGUGUUAGCUUUUCUUUGUUUUUCCGGUAGUAUUUUUAUGGUGCUAAGAAUAUUCCACAGAUACUUUUUAGAUUUGCUUCAAUGAAACUAAUACAGUUGGAACUGAGUAUAUUUACAGUUUUAAGUCAGCCUGCAACCAAGGUUUCAAGCAAUAAGUACUUUCCAAGGUAGCAAAGUGACAAUCCAGUAGCAGCGGAAAGCUUUAGGUUAAUUUAACCCUUUCACAUUAUAUAAAAAGAACUUUAGUCAGAAUCCUGUUCAUUUUUCGAUAUAUUAGCUUUUCACAUUAUUUUUACGCUAAGGAAAACACUGUAUAGUCGAAAAAAGCCAACAAAGCCACGUAAAUAGCUUCGCAAACCACAAAGAAACUUACGGCAACGGCAUUUGUUUACCCCACGGCGGCUAUUUUUAAUUGAACAUCAACUGUUUCGAAUAAUUCGUUAGUUUAUACAAUUAUAUAGCAAUGUUAUUCUUCUUUUUCCUAUAACUUAUGUUUUACGUAUUCGUUCAAAUUACGAAAUUGACGACAUCUGUUGAAUUUCUUUCAAAUUUUAAUAGAGGUGAACAAUAAAGCCAGAAUAAGAACCAGUUUUGUUGUUUUAUAGAUAAUAUUCCUGUUUAAAGUGACCAAUAAAAUUCUUGUACACAU